GCAGAACGUACUCGAGAAAAUGUGGGGGAAUUUGUUGCUAGUGUCACUGCUCUCUCUUCUCGCAUCCAACGCCGCGUCACCUGGUCUAGUAGAUGUGAUCUAUCCUCCAGUGGAAAACGGACCUGACGCGCGGACACCGCUCUAUUUCUCGCUAAUCCAGUCGUUUAGCGGCCAGUACGUCAGUGUGUACUCCCUUCCUGGACUACAUAUGGCCCUGGACUUUAUCAACCAAGACAAUACUCUACUUCCUGGAUAUAGUCUCCACUACGUCUUCACGGACGCCGAGUGUGAUAGGAAAGAGGCGCUGAAUGCAUUCCACCAUCAGGUUUUCGAUAAAGUCAUCACUAAUAAACUCGGGGUCAUUGGCUCGGGAUGCUCUGUUUCCACUGAGCCAACUGCUGCCAUCUCUCACUACUACAACCUUGUCCAGGUGUCUUGUAUAGCAUCGUCUCCGGCAUUCAGGAACCGAGUCCUGUUCCCCCGCUACUUCCAGAUCCUCCCGACAGACGCCAGCCAGGCCAACGCCUUCUACGCCAUGAUCAGACACUACAACUGGAGGAGAGUGGCUCUUAUUGUCCAGGACGAAAAUCUAUUCACAGCUGCAAUAGAUGAGUUGAAGGAAGACUUAUUCAACGAUGGAGUGGAGUUUACCGAGGAAACGCUUGUCAUUGUCGAGGAUGACAUCAUUGAAGGUCUCUCUAAAGAUACUUUUGAUGAUGAUUCUCGGAUAUUUAUUGUGGCAGGAUACGAACCAGUUGGUAGACAGAUUAUGUGUGAGGCGUACAAGAACAGCUUACUCUACCCUCGCUACCUGUUUUUCACCAUCUCCUGGUACAAUGCGGGAUGGUGGAGAGACGGUGUGGAACAGUACGGCUGCACACCGGAGCAGAUGGAACAAGUGCUGGAGCACACACUGACCAUAGUAUUCCUACCCUCUGCACGCUACCUGGACCCCUCUCUCACCACAGACACAAAAGCCAACCUGACGAUAGGAGAGUAUCUGCGACGAGAAAGUGAGGACUAUGUCAACAGUGCACCUCUCAACAUCUCUAAAGUGGACGAAUUCUCUUCAGACUGCUAUGACGGCAUGUAUGCAUUUACCUAUGCUCUCAACAACACCAUCAAUGAUUUGAACGCGAACAUGACACUCAACGACAUGGCUAACAACUAUGUGGAUAAUGCGACAGGUCCGUUCAGGAUCGAGAGCUUUUCCUACUGAGAACAGCGUCGUGAUGGAAACCAUGUUCAAAAAUCUAGAGAGAACCAACUUUCGUGGUGUGUCUGGUGAUGUCCACUUUGACUCCAAUGGAAUACGUGCUGUUACACAGUUUACAGUCUUGCAGUACAGAAAAAACCAGAGCACAGGAGACCUGGAGAGUGUGGUGGUGGGUCGUAUUUCUCCUGACUUGACUUUCACCUUUGAACCGGGAGAGACAGAAGACACUGUGUGGCCAAGGGGUGUUCCGUAUGAUGGAGUGGCAGUGAAUGAGGAGGUGCUGGCAGUUCACGUGGCUCUGACUGCUGUGCUGACCUUCCUCUCAUGUGCCGGGAUCAUCUUCUCCAUUGUCUGCCUCCUCUUCAACUUCUACUUCAGAAACACCAAGUUGAUCAGACUGACAUCCCCCAACCUGAACUACCUGAUAGGCUCAGGAGCCAUUCUCCUCUAUCUCGCCAUCGUCGUCACUGUCUGGCCGGCCACCACGGCCACGGCUGCUGGAGUCCUCUGCAACCUCCAGGUCUGGCUGACUGGCUUCGGGUACUCCCUCUGCUACGGAACCAUCCUCGUCAAGAUGUGGAGAGUCUACUACAUCUUUAACAACCCCAACUCCCAAAGAAGAAAUUGCACGACUGGAUGCUGACGCUGAUGGUCCUGUGUUUCCUGGUCAUUGAUCUGGCCAUGUUGGUGGUCUACUCGGCCGUGCAGGGCUCACGAGGAGAACUCGGAGCUGAGAGAGUCGAUGACGAUGAGACCAGCAACAUCGAGGAAGGAGUGAGGCCCUUUGAGAUGUAUUGCGCUGUUUUCUCAUAUCUUAAACCGGGUCUGGUCAUCACAUUUUUGUGUGUUGUUUCUAACAACAGAAUUGGCCGUAAAUUCUGUUCCAUUCUUCUUAUAGCUUCACAAUCAGCUUCUGUGCCCACUUCACUUAUAAAAAGACUUGCAUCAUCCAUUUGCUUAUUAUUUGAGCUGUCUAGACCCCCUUUCUAUUUACAGAGGGUUUGACCAUUGACACAAACCUUUUUGUGGCAUUAAGGUUACUCAUGUAAAGUGUCAAUAAUAAGCUCCUCUAUUAAUUUGACUGUAUUUCCUCUGCUCCAGCACCAAGGUAUACCGAGAGAGUUCUAUGUGUAUGUGUGCAGCUCUCUGGCCAGAGACAUCUUUCUUGGCAUCUUCUAUGGCUACAAGGCUCUCCUCCAAGUAAAAGCUAAAGAGAGUUAAAUAGGCAAAUUAAUGGAUAGCUAGAGAAAAGAGAGGCAAAUAGGUAGAGGGAGUUAAACUAUUAUGUAAGCAUAUGGAUAGCUAGAGACAGUUAAAAUUCACAAACUAUAUAGAAAGAUGCAGAAUAGUAUGUAUAAUAAGCAAAUGGAUAGCUAUAGAGAGAGCUUAAGUUUACAAACUAGGCUAGAGGGAGUACAAAUAGGCAAAU